GAACGUGGCGACGUUUACACAUUGGAUUUUAUGUCAUAUGUAUCUCUUAAAGAAACGGGAAGAAUCAGCUCGUCUUUAUUUCUAGGGAAGCCAAUAUGAGUUCCCCAGGCGAAUUUGGGAACCCUUUACGGAAAUUUAAACUAGUUUUCUUGGGGGAACAAAGUGUGGGAAAGACUUCACUAAUCACUAGGUUCAUGUACGACAGUUUUGACAACACAUACCAGGCAACCAUAGGCAUAGACUUUCUAUCAAAGACAAUGUACUUAGAAGACAGAACAAUUAGGUUACAACUGUGGGAUACAGCUGGUCAGGAGCGGUUUCGGAGUUUGAUACCAAGUUACAUUCGAGAUUCAUCUGUAGCAGUUGUAGUGUACGAUAUAACAAAUGCUAAUUCCUUCCACCAGACAUCAAAAUGGAUAGACGACGUGCGGACAGAGCGGGGGAGUGACGUGAUCAUCAUGCUGGUAGGAAACAAAACAGAUCUUUCAGACAAGAGACAGGUGACAACAGAGGAAGGGGAGAGGAAAGCCAAGGAACUCAAUGUGAUGUUUAUAGAAACUAGUGCAAAAGCAGGAUACAAUGUCAAACAAUUAUUCCGUCGAGUUGCAGCUGCAUUGCCGGGCAUGGAACAAACAGAACCUAAAAAAGGUGAAAUGACUGAAGUCAAGCUGAAAGAAACCCCGGCCGAACCUCAGACACAAGAAGGGGGAUGUGCAUGCUAGAUGUAACAUGGCUUCCCAUUGGCUGCAAAACCUGUGUCAAGUGUUGUCAUUGAACAAGUCACAUUCAUGUUUUCUUGUCUAUUGUGUUGGAGAAUGCAGAAUUUGUUUCAAAUGUGUGGAUAUAAUAGAUAAUAAAAGUGGAAGUUAAUUUUUUUAUUGAUGCAAUCAAUGUCAUGUUUGAGGCAUGUUUAUUGUACAUACAUGUAAAUUUGCAUGGUGUUAUUUUAUUUUAUUAUUUUUUGUCAAAAUAGCCUGUGCUGUUAUUUAUGAAAUAUAUCUAUUGGGCGAUCAAAUGAAAGGCCAUCUUUUGAAAAAAAGUUGUUUGCUGUAAAAUAACAAUUGAAACAUUCUCCUUUUUUUCUUCUUUUUUUUUUUACCCUCCGUCCAUAACCAUAAUUUUUUUUUCUAUUGUUUUUCUGGGUUUUUAAUGUAAUACAAAACUAUUUUUAAAAACUCUAAAUAUUUAUUGGGCGAUCAAAUGAAAACCAGCCUUUAAAUACAAUUGUUUGCUGUAAACUAACAAUAUAAAAAACAUCGCAACUUUUUUUCAACUCUUAAUGUUUUUCUUCUGUUUAUUUUCCCUCCUUUUUUUUAAAUAUACUGUAUAACAAAUUAUUUUUAGAAACAAAAUAUCUACUAACUGACUCACUACUAAAACGGCCAGUCAGGUUACAGCAAAACAAAUUUUCUUUUAGAAUGAUAUGUAAUAUUUUCUUUCGGGAAGACCUAAUGUGAAAGAUUUAUUUUUAGGUUAGCCUGAUAUGACACAUUUUGUUUAAGGAUGGCCCGAUAUGAAAUUAUGAAUAAAAACUCCUCAGUUAUCCCAAUGAUGGAGAUUCUUAUCAGCUGCAUCUCUCUGUCAUCUUGAUUGCUAUUAAAUACAGUGAAAUCUCUCAAAACCGGACCCUCUGGAAACUGGAAUUUCUCCAAAACUGGACAAUUUUCACAGUCCUUUUUUAAACUGGAUACCUCUUAAAACCGGACAUUUUACUUGGUACUGAGGGUGUCCAGUUUAGAGGGGUUUCACUGUACUUUCUUAUGAAAUAACAGCAUUUAAUCUGAACCAGUCACACAUCUCAGGUUCAAUUUUUGAUAAGUCUACACUAAGUUUUCUCGCUUUUUUUUAGCACAAGCUUUUGAGAUCUUAAUUCUACACCAUGCAGUUGAUCGAGACAUGUUUUGUUUACCACAUACAGUGGAGGAAAUAGACCCAGAUUCACAUGUGUCACUACAUGAUUAGAUUAUUCACAUGCUUUUCACAUAGAGUAGACUAAAAUUUACAUUUGUUUGACUUUGCCUUCAUUUUGUUCUUUUUGAUCUUGAUAAUAAGGUGACAAAAUAUUUCAGGUUUAAUGCUCAAAGUACCUGGUUAUUGUUAGAGGGAUGGGUGAUGUUAAGUACCGUAAUAAAAAAAUUAAUCAUAAGAAAGGGGCAUUUAAAUAGGAUUUUUGUUUUUGUUCCUAAUAUUUUCAAAUAUAAUUAAAAACCAUGAUUUUUUUUUUAGGCAAUGAUACUAUGACAAGAAUUGUCAUGUCCCAGUUUUAUGAUCACAUCGUUUUGUAAAUAAUGUCAAGAGAUUAUAUAAAUAUCAAAAUCA